AUGCCAGCAAGAUUUGAAGGAGUAAACAAUCCAAUGAUGCGCGACCAAACGAUUCCAAACGGGGUAUCCCACUCAGCAGACAACGAGAUAGUAAUUACCGGGUUUUCCGGUCGUCUGCCAGAAUCAGAGAACAUCGAGGAGUUCAAGCGAAACCUCUUCGAUGGCAUAGACAUGGUAACAGAUGACGAGCGGCGAUGGCCGCGAGGCUUGCACGGGUUGCCCGCCCGCACAGGGAAGCUGAAAGACCUAGCAUCAUUCGACGCGACCUUCUUCGGAGUGCACGCGAAGCAAGCAACCGUAAUGGACCCGCAGCUGCGAAUGCUCCUGGAGCUGACCCACGAAGCCAUCGUCGACGCAGGAAUCAACCCAGCGGAGAUCCGCGGCUCCAAAACUGGAGUCUUCGUCGGAGUAUCAGACUCAGAGUCCGACGAGUUCUGGACUGCAGACCCAGACAUGGUCAACGGGUACGGCUUGACCGGGUGCUGCCGCGCCAUGUUCCCCAACAGAAUCUCCUACACCUUCGACUUGACCGGUCCGUCUUUCGCAGUGGACACUGCAUGUUCCUCAUCUCUGUACGCGAUGCACCAAGCCGUGAUGUCCAUGGAGACCGGGCUCUGCGACGCAGCCAUCGUCGCCGGAGUCAACCUAGUCCUGAAGCCCACCAGCUCCCUGCAGUUCCACCGCUUGAGCAUGUUGUCGCCCGACGGCAAGUGCAAGGCCUUCGACGCCUCAGGAAACGGCUACGUCCGAGCAGAAGCCGCCGUUGUAAUUUAUUUACAAAAAGCCAAAGACGCAAGGAGAGUUUACGCGACAGUCGUCGGCUCCAGGAUCAACGUCGACGGUAAUAAAUCCGAGGGAAUCACCUACCCUUCAGGAAAUAUGCAAAACAAAUUGAUGAAGGAGCUCUACGAGGAGUCUAAAAUUGAUCCCAGAGACGUCAUCUACGUAGAAGCUCACGGAACUGGUACUAAAGUUGGAGAUCCCCAGGAGGUAAACUCAAUUGCGAACUUGUUUUGCAAGAACCGAAGCUCUCCGCUGCUCAUGGGGUCAGUAAAAUCCAACAUGGGUCACUCUGAGCCAGCUAGUGGACUCUGUUCAAUUGCUAAGAUGCUGAUUGCUAUGGAGGCUGGAAUAAUUCCAGCUAAUUUACACUUUAGUUCUCCCAAUCCUGACAUCGCGGCUCUAAAUGACGGGAGGAUCCAAGUUGUUGAUAAACCUACGCUCUGGAAUGGAGGAUUAGUAGGAGUUAAUUCCUUUGGUUUUGGAGGAGCUAACGCUCAUAUUAUCUUAAGAAGCAAUCCAAAGCCCAAAAUUCCUCCGGUAUUGAAUGUAGAAGUGCCCAAGAUUGUUGGAGUAUCUGGUAGGUCAGCAGAAGCUUGCGAUCUUUUCUUAGAAAAGGUCAAAGAGCAGCAGAAAGACGAUGAGUUUGUAGCUUUAGUACACAGUGUUCAUAAUAAAAAUAUUGUUGGACAUAAUUACCGAGGGUUCCAAAUUUUGGGAAGUGAAGUUAAGGAGAUUGAUGAGUAUCAUUCUACGCAGGAAAAGCGACCUAUUUGGUACGUCUUUUCAGGAAUGGGAACUCAGUGGACUGGAAUGGGAAAACAGUUGAUGGGAAUAGAAGUUUUCCAGCGCAGUUUGCGUCGGUGCGCAGAAGCACUCAAGCCGGAAGGUGUUGACCUGUUGAAUUUAAUUUUGAACGGGACUGACGAGACUUUUGAGAGUGUUUUAAACAGCUUUGUCUCUAUCGCUGCGAUCCAGGUGGCUUUGGUGGAUGUUUUGACACUAAUGGGCAUCCAGCCGGACGGAAUUGUCGGACACUCUGUAGGAGAGUUAGGUUGCGCGUAUGCUGAUGGAACUUUCACGCCCGAGCAAACUGUUCUUGCGGCUUACUGGAGAGGAAAGAGCAUUCAGGAUUCUCAAUUACCACCUGGAGGAAUGGCUGCUGUUGGUCUGAGCUGGGUAGACGCUGCUAAAAAGUGUCCUGCUGAUAUUUCACCAGCUUGUCACAACUCUGCUGACUCUGUCACUGUUUCAGGACCCGUUGAGUCUAUCAAGAAGUUCGUUGAAGACCUCAAGGCUGAAGGAGUCUUCGCGAAGAUCGUCAACAGCUCCGGAGUCGCCUUCCACUCAAAAUACAUCGCCUCAGCAGGUCCUAAAUUGAGGACAGUCUUGGAGAAAAUAAUCACCAGUCCCAAGCAGAGAACUUCAAGGUGGAUCUCUUCUUCAAUCCCCGAGUCCGCCUGGGGAACUCCUUUGGCGCAACUCAGCUCGCCAGCGUACCACGUCAACAACCUUCUCUCUCCAGUGCUCUUCCAAGAAGCAUUGAAGCACGUGCCUGAAAAUGCAAUCACUGUUGAAAUAGCGCCGCACUGCUUGCUCCAAGCGAUUCUCAGACGCUCCUUGGCUCCAACAGUGACCAACGUUGGCUUGCACAAAAAGGAUCACUCUAACAACCUCGAAUUCUUCUUGACCAACGUCGGCAAGCUUUACAUCUCCGGUGCUCAGCCGGAUUUCAGCAAACUCUACCCACCUGUAAGCUUCCCAGUUGGUCGAGGAACACCCAUGAUGAACUCCAUCAUCGGCUGGGACCACUCUGUUCAAUGGGAGGUCGCUGACUUCUCUGGAAAAACUGCAGGCUCUGGAGAAACUGUCGUAGAGAUUGACUUAUCAAAAGAAGAACACGCUCACAUUGCUGGACACACCAUCGACGGAAGAGUUUUGUUCCCCGCUACCGGGUACUUGACAAUUGUCUGGAAAACAUUCGCAAAACUCCAUGGUAAAGAUUUUGAAAAAACUCCAGUGAUUUUGGAAGACGUCCAGUUCCACCGCGCGACAAUUAUGCCCAAAGAAGGUCCAGUGAGAUUUUUGAUCAACAUAUUUGAGGGAACAGGUGCUUUUGAAAUUUGCGAGGGCGGAUCUCCAGCAGUGACUGGUAAAAUCCGCGAGUCAGAAAACAUCCAGAAGGACCAGCUUAAUUUGCCAGUACCUACAGUCAAGAGCGAGUCUGAUUUACUGAACCUGACCACCGGAGACGUCUACAAGGACCUGAGACUCCGUGGGUAUGAUUACAACGGAAUCUUCCAGGGAAUAAAAUCGUCAGACAAUCGUGGAACUGUUGGAGAACUUGCUUGGGUUAAAAACUGGAUUUCAUUCAUGGACUGCAUGCUGCAGUUCAGUAUCUUGGGAAAAGACACCAAGGAUUUAUACCUCCCAACGCGACUCCAGUACGCUGCAAUUAAUCCAGUAGCUCAUCUAGAGGCCGCUGAAGCUCUGGAAGAAGAAUCAGGUUUCCCGGUGUACUCCUACCCCGACAUCAGUAUUAUCAAGGCAGGAGGUGUUGAGUUAAGAGGCAUGAAAGCUUCUCUCGCUCCAAGAAGACAGCAAACUCAAUCAGCUCCCAAGCACGAGCGAUAUGUCUUUAUUCCGUAUGAAAAUGCUCAGACACUCGUUGAAGAUCCUACUAAAGCUCGCACUCACGCUUUGACUGUCUUAUUGCAGACCAUUGUUGAGAACCUGGGAGUCAUGAAGGUCAAGGGAGUCGAAGCCGCGGGAGAACGAAGCGCAGAAGCUCUUCUGGCUCCAUCUGUGGUAGACAUCUUGCUCAGCGAACCAGCGUUAAGUGUUGAUAUGCAAGUCGCUGCUACUUCUCCAGAAAACUACACUGCUAAUUUAGAGCAGUGGGAUAUUAAAACAGUCGCCAAGGAUUUGACUAAGACUCCGGUGGGUCAGGACCUUCACUUUGUUAUCGGCGCGGAUGUACUCAGCAAUGGAAACGCUUCAGGUCUUGCUAAUUUGGUAGCUUCUAUCAAACCAGGCGGUUUUGUCAUUUUGGAAGAAACUGGAACGCCUCAAAAGUCCUACCUGAAAAACUCUGGACUUGUUUUAGCAGCAAGUCAAUCUUCUCCAGGAAAAUCUUACCUUCUGUUGAAGAAAAUUGAAGACACUUCUGAGCCGAUAAUCAUCCAGAUAACCGAAAAGAACUUCUCGUGGUUGGAAGGCGUGAAGGCUGCGUUGAAAAAAUCCGAGACUGAGAACCAGAAAAUUUUGCUAGUGUCUCAAGGCGAGGAACUUUUGGGUCUUAUUGGACUGAUGACUUGCAUCCGUCGCGAAGCAGGAGGCCAAAACGCGCGCUACGUCUUCAUUCAAGACAAAAACGCUCCGAAAUUCGCUUUGUCGAAUUCCUUCUACUCGUCACAAUUGAACAAACAGCUGACUUCAAACGUCCUGAAGGGAAACCAGUGGGGAAGCUACCGUCAUCUGCGCAUGGACUCUCAAACAGAUGUGUCUUCACUCCAAGUAGAGCAUGCUUACAUCAACGCACUCACCAGAGGUGACUUAAACAGUCUCAGGUGGAUAGAAGGCCCCCUGAGUUUCUACCAACCAGAAAAAUACCCCGACAGCGAGCUCUGCCACGUCUAUUACGCGCCUCUGAACUUCCGAGACAUUAUGCUGGCCACAGGAAAGCUUCCACCCGACGCACUUCCAGGUGAUUUAGCCGGCCAGGACUGUAUUUUAGGUCUUGAGUUCGCGGGUCGCGACAGCAAAGGCACCAGAGUCAUGGGAAUGGUCGCUGCCCGAGGAUUGGCCACUACUGUGCUAGCUGACCCAGGUUUCAUGUGGGAAAUUCCUGAAAAAUGGAGCCUUGAAGAAGCUGCUACAAUUCCUGUCUGCUACGCGACCAGUUACUACGCUUUGUUCGUCCGAGGAAGACUCCAGCCUGGAGAAAGUGUCCUGAUCCACGCUGGAUCUGGUGGAGUUGGUCAAGCAAGUAUUGCAAUUGCCCUCCACGCUGGCUGCAAUGUAUUCACCACGGUAGGUUCUCAGGACAAGAGAGACUUCCUGAAGAAGACCUUCCCCCAGCUGACUGACCGCAACAUCGGGAACUCCCGAGACACCAGCUUCGAGCAGUUGAUUCUUACUGAGACCAAGGGCAGAGGAGUCGACGUGGUCCUGAACUCUCUUGCUGAAGAAAAACUCCAGGCAUCUGUCAGGUGUCUCGCCAAGGACGGGCGCUUCCUUGAGAUCGGCAAGUUCGAUCUGAGCAACAACACUGGCCUAGGAAUGGCCUUUUUCCUUAAGAACACCAGCUUCCACGGAAUCCUCCUGGACGCGCUCUUCGGAACCGACUCUAUCGAGAAGAAAGAAGUCGUCAGGCUGGUCUCCGAGGGAAUCGCCAACGGAGCAGUCAGACCUUUACCUGCUACAGUCUUCUCCGAGCAGCAGAUCGAGCAAGGGUUCAGGUACAUGGCUUCAGGAAAGCACAUAGGAAAAGUUUUAUUGAAGAUCAGAGACGAGGAGACCCGCGGAGUCGCUCAGCCUGGACCUAAGACAGUUGCUGCUAUUCCAAGGACCUACAUGAACCCAGACAAGAGCUACGUUCUUGUUGGAGGUCUAGGAGGCUUCGGACUGGAGCUUGCUAACUGGUUGAUCACUCGCGGUGCCAAGUAUAUUGUCUUGACCUCCAGGUCUGGAAUCAGAACCGGGUACCAGUCUGUCUGCGUGCGUCGCUGGAGAGAAAUGGGCAUCAAUGUUUUUAUAUCCACUGCUGAUGUCACCACGCUCCAGGGUGCUGAGAAACUAAUGAAGGAGUCCAGCAAGCACGUUCCUGUUGGAGGAAUAUUUAAUUUAGCAGCUGUGCUGAAAGACGCGUUGAUUGAGAACCAGGAAGAGGCGCAUUUCAAAGCAGUAGCGCUUCCUAAAGUCGAUGGUACUAAAAACUUAGACACUGCCUCGAGGAAAAUGUGUUCUGCGCUGGAUUACUUUGUUGUAUUCUCUUCUGUUUCUUGUGGAAGAGGUAACGCUGGUCAGACUAACUAUGGGUUGGCUAACUCUGCUAUGGAGAGGAUCUGCGAGCAGCGGCAGGCUAUUGGACUCCCUGGACUUGCCAUUCAGUGGGGAGCUAUUGGAGAUGUGGGUCUUAUUCUUGAGACCAUGGGUAAUAAUGAAACUGAAGUUGGAGGAACUUUACCCCAGAGGAUGUCAAGUUGUCUGGCUACUAUGGACACGUUCUUGCAGCAGCCACACCCGGUGCUUGCUUCCAUGGUGCUUGCUGACAAACACAAGCAUGGAGACACUGGCAGCCAGGUCAGUAUCCUGGAAGCAGUUGGGCAUAUUUUGGGAAUCAAGGACGUCAAGACUGUCAACAAGUCCAGUAGUCUGGCUGACCUGGGUAUGGACUCGCUGAUGGGCACGGAGAUUAAGCAGACGCUGGAGAGAAACUACGAUUUAGUUUUGUCUGCUCAGGAAAUUAGAGGACUUACUUUUGCUAAGCUCGCUGCUCUUGCUAACGGUGGAGAGGAAGUUACUUCCAGAAGCAACUCUCCAGGAAAACUUGGCUCGCCUAAGAGUCCAGAUCAGGAAGAAGACUCCCUGCUGUUCCAGUGCUCAGGAUCUGAGAUUGUCCCGCAUGAAGCGGUCUUGAGACUGAACAGCGAUGACAUCACCGGGCAGCCGAUCUUCUUCGUUCAUGCUAUUGAAGGAACUAUCUCCAACAUGAAAGGCCUGGCUGUCAUGUUCAAGAGACCUGUCUAUGGACUCCAGUGCAUCAAGGACGCGCCUCUGGACUCCAUAGAGAACUUGUCACAGUUUUAUGUCUCCCAGAUUAAAAAGAUCCAAAAGAAAGGUCCUUACACUCUGAUUGGAUACUCAUACGGUGCUUGUGUUGCUUUUGAAAUGGCCUUGCAACUGGAGAGUCAGGGAGAAACUGUCACGCUUAAUUUGAUUGAUGGAUCUCCGGAGUUUGUUAACAAACACAGCGAAAGCAUUGGAAAAAAUGCUACGCAAUCUGGGUCUACUUUGCAGAGUGAUGGAGAACGUAAAGCACUUGCUUUCUUUGUAAGACAAUUGAAUGCUGAUGUUAACUUUAUCAAGGCGUAUGCUACACUCAGAGGAAUUGACAGCCAUGAAGAAAUGAUGGAAAAAAUGCUGGAACUUAUUGGACCAACGCCUUUUGAAGGCGAGGACAUCAAAGAUGCUAGUUUAUUAUUUUAUAAAAAAUUAUAUGCUGUUAAUAAGUACAGACCAUCGGGUAAAUUCAAUGGUGAUGUUACUCUUAUUAAAUCAACGGACAGUUUUAUGUCACUCAGUCGUGAUUAUGGACUUACUGAGUUUUGGCAGAGACGUUGGUCAUCCGUGAGAAAAAAGUGGGUUUUGUUAAAUAAAUUUUAUCUGCAUCAACUCCAAAGUGAUGAGCAACAGCAUGCUGGAUCUUAG